AUGUCAGUCUUUACCAUACAAAGCAAACUACACAUGGAGGGCUUCCCGCAGCCUGCGGGAGGGAGAGAGCCACUAGAGUUCACCUUCCAGAGGUCCCCCAGGGGCCUGGAGUCUGUACGGGUCACGGGCCCCGAGGGAGGCCCCUGCUCGGGCAGUGAGAGGAGGCAGAAACCCAAGCCCCCGGCCCCAACGCAGAAAUGGAAGCCAAAGGGAGACCGAUGCUAUAACUGUGGAGGACUAGACCACCAUGCCAAAGAGUGUGGCCUGCCGCCCCAGCCAAAGAAGUGCCACUACUGCCAAAGCGCGACGCACAUGGUGGCCCACUGUCCUCACCGCCCCCCCGGCCCCUUAUCUCCCGGCCGGGCCGCAGCCACUCAGGGAAGACACACUACUGUGGACCAGUAUCCCUCUACCUCCUCCACCACCUCCUACAACCCCAGUCCCAGGCAUGGAAACAGGCACUCCCAGCCCUCUCAGGACAAUUCCUCCCCCCUCAGCAAGUCCUCCAGCUCUCCGGAAGACCCGGCACAGAACCAGAGGAGUUCUGGAGGGCACCACAGGUGGAAACAAUCCUGAUCCACAGCCAUCAUUGACGGAUGCCACCUCUUAGUAUUACCUCUGGUCCAAUAAAACCACCUUCCUUCAGUCUGAUCAGUCUCCUCCUCACGCAGACACAUCCUUAGCUACCUCCUGAGCAACCUCAAGCAGAUCCACAUUUCUAACCAAAUGGACAGUCAAGUAUCUAUUUUACUUCCCCAAUCCCUCCCCGACUCCCCGACUCUCCCUCUACCAAACUGUGUACAUUUUAGCUACCUCCUGGGCAAACUCAAUCCAUCUCCACAUAGAUAGACCUAUAAUCUUAGCUACCUCCUGGCCAACUCAAUCCAUCUCCACAUAGAUAGAUCUAUAAUCUUAGCUACCUCCUGGGCCAACUCAAUCCAUCUCCCCUACCAAGCUGUACCAUGAUAGCACCAUUGGAUCCAAGGGUAAAGCUUCAGCCUCAUCUACCUCAGACUGGUAGCACAAGGAUGGUCAGUCACUCUUGUGUUUCCAUCGCUGAGUCAGAUCAAAGUCAUGGACAUCCGCUCUAUUAUCUGUUGCAAUAAGAAGACAACUG